GAGGUUGGAACCUGAGUCCAUGGCGGUACUGGUUUCUACUGACAGCCUCAAUAUUCAGGAGUCUGACGUGUUCUACCUGGUCAGUAGAUGGUAUGAAUAUGAUCAGGUCAAACGAGGGAGCUACAUCUCUGAACUUCUAUUCAAUAUUCGCUAUCAUCUUAUGAGCAAGGAGCAGCUGGUUGGACCUGUUUACGACUGGAUCUCUGCUGCAAAGGGUCUCGAGGACGACACUAAACUCAGACUCCUGAUCAAGAUAAACAAAUUCAUGAAAGUUCCAGGACUUGUUGCACUGAACAACACUAAUCACGUGUUUGGUGGCAAGGGUUCCAGCAAGAAGUUGUCGAGGAAGCUGACGGGUGAUGACGAGACCCUGCUGCAACUGAUUGUUCACUCUGUCCAGUACAACAACAGUGCUCGGUGUGCGGAUUCUAAACAGCUCAUGAAGGUUCUACGUGAAAGUUAUCCCCGAGCAAACCCCACCGACAAAGCAAUGCGUUGUAGAAUACAUCUCAGAGAACCAACUAGUGGACUCCACCAACAUUACGUCUCUUCUCCAGACAUACACAGUCACAAAAGCACCAGAAUGUCCUGCUGCUUUGUGUCCAGUACGUCAUGUCCUCCAUCACCAGGAAUAUUCACCAAGUUAUGUGGGAGCAACUGACUGCUGAGGUUGUGAAGGAUAUGCUGGCAGAGAUUAACGCAGGUAAACAGGAGUUCCUGAUAGCAGAAAGUGUGAUGAGAUGGGGGGACGCUCACACCUCCGAACCUGCCAGUUUCAGGUCCCUCUUACAAAUGAUAUGCUAUCACAACAUUCCAGAAUUUUACAUCUCACGAGUGCUCCUCCCACACGUGCAGAGGCUACUCCCUGAUGUGCGCGAGCUCACGUGCACGCGCCACACUAAACACAGUUUCCCGACAAGGCCCAAGAUGGAAAAUCACAAAGCCCCUCCGGAUCUUUACCUCCUGAAAUCGUUCGAACAAGUCACGAAGUUGCACGUGAUCACCCUGAAUAAGAAGACCCCAGACCGGCCACUGACUGUGGUGAACAAAUAUUAUAACAGCAAGAAAAAGGGUCGUAGUCCCCCGGGAUACUUAGUGCUGUAUGACAUGAACACAACUUUAGAACACUAUCCAGUGUCAGUUAAACUUACUCUCGGAACUUUGAGACAAGUUCUGGAGAAAUCCGCUAACUUGCAUUUUAUGUUGCUUUACUAGACCAGAUAUUCCCAAAUUCCUAGAAAGCUUAUAGAAUAACAUGUUACCAGUUGUUACUUGCUUCCACGUUUUAGAACCCUUAAACUUGCAAAUAUAUGGGUUUAUUAUUUAAGUUUGUCGAAUUUGGGUUUGUGACAGUGGCCCUGGCACGGCUUGUUCAUAUUGUUACAUACAUACAUCAGAUUGUAAUGCUUUAUUAAAAAUGUUUUUGUUGAAUGUUUUGAAUAUUUGAAAUAUUUCCAACGUUUCUAGAACUA